UUUUGCUUGCGACGCAUAUCUCCCCGCCACAGGAGGACACAUGCAGGAAGGCGGGCGGAACUGGGUGCUGAGCCCGUGUCUGCUAGAAUCGGCUCCGGAGGAUAGAGCCGGGCCGAUCUCCUCUCGACAGCUCUGCAGAGUAAGACUUUCUUUCCUCGCCCCGUCUGAGAGCAACGCGGUCCGCGGACUGGCACUUUUUGCCGCCUUGCCAUUGCUCAUCAAGACUGCGCGCGCGCCUCGGCCUUGCUCUCCCCUCGGCGGGGCGCUAACAUGGCAGCGCUCUGCGGCGGACUGACAGCCCUUUCCGCCCGCUGCAGAUCUCUGGUUGGCCGUGAGGAGAACCGCGAAGAAGCUCCGCGGCUGGUCUCCCGUGUGGCUGCUGUUGGUACUGCGCUGCCGGCGCCGCGCCCUGCCCCGGCUUUCCGCUCUCCAUCCCACCUCGUUUGGGAAGCUGUUUCGCAGCGGGGGCGAAAAGUUCCCUCCGGCGCGCUGACCGCGCAGAUCUAUUUAGCAUCAAACAAUCUCAAGAAUCAGACUUCUUUUGGGUAAGAGCCUUAAGCCAAGUUUUAUGGAAACAUUGUUUUACAAUUAGGUUGGUUCUCUCCUUGAUUAGUUGCCAGCCAUUGCUUCUUGUUCAUUUUAAUAAUUCAUUUUGGUAAUCAGUUUUGUGGAGUAAUUAAGGAAAAAAGGCAGUCAUUGAGAGAAAGUGCUGGUGGCUUCUGUCUUAAAUCCCUACAAAUCAUUAUAAACUCUAGAUCCUGUUUGGUUUUGCUGGCUUGAAAUUAUCAUCUUUUUUCCUAUAAAAAUUCAUAUCUUAUUACAAGGACGUUAAAGUUAAAACCACCAAAAUUGAGGAUGUCUCAGGAUCCAAACAUACCAGAUGUAACUGAGGGAAAAUCAGAUGUGUCACAGGAUAAUCAACAGGACCAUGUGGACAAUGCAGAGCAGUGCGUCCGAAAGAAGAUUCGACAGAACACACCAAGUCCUAGUAGAAGUAGUAUAUCUGAGGCUAGCCCUCCUCAGUUUGUGUCAGUGGAGGAACUGAUGGAUACAGCAAAAGGUGUUACAAACAUGGCCUUGGCCCAUGAGAUUGUUGUCAAUGGAGGUUUUCAGAUUAAACCGGCUGACUUGCCAGAAAACAGUCUUGAAAAAAGAGUAAGAGAUAUUGUCCACAAAGCAUUUUGGGAUUGCUUGGAAACGCAGUUAAAAGAAAACCCACCUUCAUAUGAUCACGCAAUUAAACUUGUAGGAGAAAUUAAAGAGGCUCUCUUGUCUUUUUUGCUGCCUGGCCAUACUCGAUUAAGAAAUCAGAUUACUGAAGCUCUUGAUCUGGAGCUGAUAAAACAGGAGGCUGAGAAUGGUGCCCUUGACAUUUCUAAGCUGGCAGAAUUCAUCAUUGGAAUGAUGGGGACACUCUGCGCUCCAGCGAGAGAUGAAGAAAUUCAGAAGUUGAAAGACAUCCAUGAAAUUGUUCCCCUGUUCAGAGCAAUUUUCUCUGUGUUGGAUUUGAUGAAAAUGGAUAUGGCUAAUUUUGCUGUCAGUAGCAUUAGGCCACAUUUAAUGCAGCAGUCAGUAGAAUAUGAAAGAAAGAAAUUUCAGGAACUGUGUGAAAAACAGCCAAAUUCCUUAGAUUUUGUGACUGAAUGGCUGCAAGAAGCCAUGGUUGAUCUACAGUCCAAAGUUGCCUGUGCUAAUAAUAAUGAUGCUGCAUCUGCCAGUAAAGUUCCUGCACUGAAUCCUGUUGCUGUUCAAAAUCAUGCAUAUAUCCAACUACUCAAGUGGAAUCAUCUGCAGAAACCUUUUCCAGAAACUGUGUUAAUGGACCAAAGCCGUUUCCAGGAAAUGCAGCUGGAAUUGGACCAGCUUAUUCUGAUUGGCGCUAUUCUUCUGGUCACAUUCAAUGCAGCAGGCACAGCUCUUUCUGAUUUGCCAGCUUUUACCAACAAGCUCAAAAUGGCUAUCCAAGUAUUGUUGACAGGGCUACACCUUCCUUCCUUCAAUUUGGGUGAAACUUUGGCUGUCAUAAGCGAAAAGAUUUGUGCUGAAGUUAACAGUUGCCUUUCCCAGCAUGGCUUCACACCGUUUACACCUGAAAAACUGAUUGUGCUUAAAGGACAAAUCCAGGCUCUUGCCAAUCCUGACAAUGCUGUAUGCAAACUGAUAGAUUCAAGGAUCCAGUUGUUUUUAGAGAAUUACCUUGCUUGUGGUCAUCAGAAAUCGCUUCCUCCUGUGCUUGGUGGAUUGGGCCCAAUUCAGAGAGAGCUGGAGGAGAUUGCUAUCAAGUAUAUUCGCCUUGUUGACUACAACAAGUUGGUUUUCAGUCCUUAUUAUGAUGCAAUUCUCAGCAAAAUAUUGAAUAAAGAGUUUCCUUAGCUGUGAAGAAACCUGAAAAAUGCCAGAUCCAUUUGUAUGCAGUCCCUCAACAAUAGGGCUCCAGUCCAGGACCAGAAGGCUGUUUUAGUCUGCUUUUACUCUUUUUUGGUCAGAAUUAUAGGCUGGAAAAUGGAAGCUUCCUUCAGAGACCCGCUGUUCAUUUAGGAUCUCCACAAUCAGUUCUGUCAUGCUCUGUACCCUUCUGUGUCACCUCUCCCUACACAGCCGACUGCUAUUGAGAGGCUUCUCUUUAAAACAUUACUUGGGGCAGAUACAUUAAUGCAUUUAGGGUAAAAUGCAGUAUCUCAAGAAUUGUGCUGCUCACGCUCCAUGGGACUUUUCCAGAAGUCCCCAGCAUGGUUCACUUACAUCACCGCAUUCCACUUGUUCCUUUCAGCCAGUAGUUUAGGAAUACAGAUAAGUUUAGGAAUCAAGUGAUUUGCUGUAUUCUGUCAAAGUGGAAUCAUACAUGGAAAAAAAUUGUGAAUCUAUGCUUGGAUAUUGUUGCAGGCUCACUGUGGUUACCUUUCAUCUAUUGAAGAAACAUUGAAACCUUUAAAGAAACAGCUUUCCUAACAAAAAUUUCCAAAUAAUUCGAUAGCAGUGAUCAAAUAUUAUGUAAAAUAUACAUAAAAUAUUUUGGCUUGGUAUGCAGUAUAACCUUAUUAGCCAUAAUGGCCAUUGAAAUUUCCACAUAUUCAGAGUUUGAAUAUUGGUAGUUAAAGCACUUUAUAUGUAUUCUGCGAGCCAAGGCUCUUUUGUGUUUCUGCGAGCCAUGGUUUUCUAUAGCAUUUGUUUCUGUACCGGCAGAUACUUGGGCAAAAUCAUAUAUUUUUGUAGCUUAUUUUCCAAUUCUUUAUUUCCCUAUUCAUAAGAAUGCUAUCCUGUAGGCUCAAGGAAGUAUUUUUUUUUUUUACCUGUGAGAACUCUUUUGAAAAGAGCAGUUUCUCAGUUUUCUAUUAGUGUAGUUUUUCUCUGCAGCAAAUACAAACGAGACCUUGAAUAAGAAUUUUUCACCAGAUAUAAAGAGAAAAUGAAAGGAGGUUUUAACCAUUAAGAAGGAAAUAAAAAUGAUAAUCUCAGAGAACAAGUAAAUAAUUUCGUAGUUUCUUAGUUUUAUAUUAAUGUAGUAUAAAAUGCUGCUAAAGACAAGCAUACCUUUAUAGCUGAAGCAGUUGAGUAAGAUCGGUCCACUGAAUGUUAUUGAAUAUUAUUUACAUAUGGAAAGUUUGGGAUUAGAAGAGAAGACCGAUUAUAGUCCUAAUUUAUAUCCUCCUUAGUAGUGAAAAUAUGAAACUUCUAGUUCAUUUGCUUUUUUAGUUGCAAAUACUGGGAUUAGUGCACCUAUCUAUCUAGAUCAGUGGUGGUGAACCUUUGGCACGGAUGCCAGAGGCAGCACUCAGAGCCCUCUCUGUGGGCACGUGCACCGUUCCCCCAGUCCUAGGCCUUCAGCUGGGUUUUAUAAAACCUUGCU